AUGGAGCCCUUUCGUGUUGUCGAGAGGGAGGGAUUCCUAGAAUUCGUAACGGUCGCCGUCCCAGGCUACAAGUUACCAUCGCGGGAUGACCUCCGAGAGAAGUUCCUGCCCGGGAAAGUAUCAGCUCUGAAGACCAAAAUAUCAUCGUCUUUGGCGGGGGCGGAGUACGUCUGUAUCGCACUAGACGUGUGGACGUCGCGGUCUACGGAGGGCUUCCUGGCUGUCGAAGCAACAUUCGUGGACAGCGACUUCACACGUACCUCCUCACUCGCCUCACGGGGAGCCACGCAGCUGCUCGCAUCCGCAGUCCUUCGCAUGGUGACAGAUAACGCUUCAUCAAUGAUAAAGGCAUUUGCAGUUACCGGGUGGGAGACUGAAGAGGACGAUGAUGAUGACAAUUUCGACGACUGCCCGGAACGCUUUACGAAGGAGCUUUUAAGCGAGUUCCAUCAGUUGGAGCAAUUUCGAUUUGGCUGCGCCGCCCACAGCCUGCACCUGGCCGUAAAAGACGCCAUUCGGCAGAGUUGGAACGGCGGAGCAUGGGAGAAAUGGAGCGGCGCCGGGGAGAAGGAGAUCGACGGGAGGCGAAAGUGGCACGGUGCGAAUAAGUGUCCGAUGAGUCAGCAGGGGUACGGCGUGCUGGUUGCUGUGGCAUGUAGCCGAGCUCUCAAGAGGGUCGUACGGCGAUGGCUGUAUCUUGUUACCCUGGGACUCCAAGCAUUGAUGUGCCAAGGCAACUUGAACCGGAGCAACUGCAACGAUCUGUGGGUGCAGCACAAGGUGCGCACAUCGGGCACCUACCAGAUCGACGUGGAUGGCGAGGGCCCCCUGAGGCCCAUUUGGGUCGACUGCGAAAUGGGAGACGGUCGCGAGCAGUUCCAGGUCCUCACCAUCGUGCACCACAACCUGGAAGAGACUCUGCAGGUGCGGGGCAAGGAGCCGCCCGGCUCGUACUCGCGAAACGUCACCUACGGAGACGCCACCGAGCAACACCUGGCGACGCUCAUCGACAGCAUGUUCUCCUGUCAGCAGCUCGUGCGCUGGGACUGCAAGGGCGCCAUGUUCGGAUUCUGGUAUCCUCCCGGGCUGGACAGCUGGUGGGUUGGCCGGAACUGGAAGGACCAGUUCUACUGGGGCGGCGCCGAGACGGACAGCCGCAGCUGCGGCUGCCACCCGUACUGUCUGCGCACGCGGCGCAACUCGACCUGUAACUGCGACGCCAACAUCAAGCAGGUGUGGCUGGAGGACGCGGGCCUCCUGCUGGACGCCCGGCGACUGCCCGUGCUGCAGCUGCGCUUCGGCGACACCGGCGAGGCCAACGAGGCCGGCAAGCACACGCUCGGGCCUCUCGUGUGCCGAGCCACGGGUCACGUGGACGUGUUCCGCGGCAGCUUCGUUGCGCCGGUGACGAUCACGAGCGCGGGCUACCCGUCGUCCUACCCUCCGCCCUUCCACCGCUACCUGUGGACCGUGUCGGUAGAGGCCGGCGACGCGAUGGAGCUGGUGUUCCUCGAGUACGACGUGCUGCACUGGGGCGCGUACACGGCCGUACCCGGAUGCCGCAGCGCGGUGAGCGUGUCCGCGUGGCGCCUCUCGGACGGUGCCCGGUUCUCCAUCGAGCGGCAGGACACGGCGCCGCCGUACUUUGUGACCGACGGCUCGCGCACCGUGCUCAACCUCACGCUCACCACCUGCAACCAGAUCAUGAAGAAGCAGCUCACCAAGCGCGGUUUCAUGGCCGAAUUCAGGAGAGCCGAGUGCACCGGAUGCGAGGCAGGCUUCGGCAUGAACGGCUCCCAGACGGUCUGCCGUGCGCCGUGUGGCAUCAUCUCUUCGUACGGAUAUCCGUACCCGCCCGUGUCUUACGAGCCGACCGGUCACUACCAGCACACGUGGGUUGUCCGAGUGACGCCGGGCCGCGUGGUGCGGCUGCAGUACAACGACUUCGACGUGGCCUCGAGUCCCGGUGCUCGCACGUGCAACGCAGACUGGGGCCGCGUGUCCGUCUACAGUGGCGACAACGUGAGCGACGCCAGCAGCCUGGUGGGCAGCUACUGCAACCUGAACCGCCAGGGCGUCGUCUUCUCCGAGACCAACGUCAUGAGUAUCGUCUUCCACGACCGCUUUCGCAAAAUCGGAAACUCGAGAGGAUUUCACGCCACCUACCGGGAGUUUCCACCAUUGCCCAAAGAAGGCCACCCGUCUCGACUGACCAACGUAGCGCAAGGCAAACCCGCGCUACAGAACACCACCUAUGAGCACUACGAGGCGCAGCUAGCGGUCGACGAGGAUCCAUCAUCCUGCGUCUCCACAGAGUUCAUCAAGGACCCCUGGUGGCAAGUGAACCUGCAGAAAGAGCACUUGGUGUACGCCGUCGAAAUACACAACGUGGCGGACACUCCGCAGGACACGGCUGCAUCUUGGCCCGGUGGAGCGUACGCGCUGCCAAUGCCCGUGUCUGGCUGCCCAUCGGCGUCGGGCUUCGUGUGGCACACGGGCUGCCGCUUCCACGACAUCUUCUACAAUGUCGUCGAGGACGACAGGAUCCGCCAUUGGAGCGACGGCAUCAAACUUCAAGGUGGCUUGCACGAAGACGGUGGCGUGAAGCAGUGUUUCUGCGUCAAGAAAGAGGACGCUCCUCCCAGCAGCAACGCCACCUCCUGGCCACCGGGAAACUACUGCAUACUGCAGGUUGGUGACGCCUGCCCCGAGGGCUUCCAGGCCGGUGGCUACGUCACGUGGAUCGACCGGCGGCCCUCAGACCUGGAAGCGCUGAACCGUGCCGAGGGCGCCCUCCCACGUGGCCGCUACACGGCGCACAACACCACGCUGCACUUCUGCUGCCGCAGCGACGGAAGCGUGGACGCCGCCAUACGCCUGCCCACCGGUCUGCCCUUCUAUCUUCUGCAGUACGAUGCCGGCGCGUGCCAGAAGGUGCACGGCAUGUCGGUGUUCGAGCAGUGGUUCCACUUCAUGGAGGACGAGCUGGGCGCCCGGAUGACCGCUGAGGCCGACCUGCACGGCGGUGUGCCCAAGUUCAGGGAGCCACACCCGCGACUGGACUCGACCAUGUUCGACCGGGGCCUCGUGCUCUACUACUGCUACUACGACGUGGCCGCGAGCCUUCGCGGGUUCCGCGUGAUGGUGGACAACACGGGCCUGGUGGCCACUUUCGACCGGCACUACGACGAGAAGAACUACGGCAUCCCUCAUGCCAUCGAAGAGGACUUCUUGCACGCGUACACGUGCGCGGUCUACCCUGUCACGGAGCCGGCGUUCCGCGUGCUGCGCCUCAACUGCAGCCAGCCCGUGCUGGGCCAGUACGUGACGGUGCAGAUAUUCGGCCGACACGACACGCUGCGCUUGUGCGACGUCAAGGUGUUCGCCGAAGAGUCGUGCGGACAGCCUCUGGGCAUGGCCUCGGAGGAGAUCUUCGACACGCAGCUGCACGCCUCGUCGUUAGACGACUCCUACCACUUCACUAACGCACGCCUGAAUGCCGAGUACGGGUGGUGCGCGUCCCUCGCUGACAACCAGAAGUACAUACAGAUCGACCUGCAGAACCACACGCACAUCACAGGCGUGAUACUGCAAGGAAUGAACACACCCGUCAAGAGCGGCUACAUCACGGCAUUCCAGCUGACCUUCAGCAACGACAGCAUUUACUGGAUGUCCGAAGAACAGCCCGUGGGCCACAGAAAGGUGUACGAGUGCCGUCAGUGUGAGCUGUCGACAUUCAAUGCGGACCAGGCGGUGCGCUACAACCUGCUGCGCAGUGUGGUCGCGCGCUACGUCAAGUUGCAGGUGCUGCUGUGGAAGAGGGCGCCCUGUUUGCGCCUCGAGCUGGUUGGAUGCCGUUCACACGUCCAGUGCGGCGCCGUGCUGGAGGCGCCCGAGGGUUCGAUCUCGUCGCCCAACCACCCUUUCUACUACGGCCAGGACAAGAGCUGCUGGUGGAGGAUCGUGCCCCCGGCCGGAAAGCACGUCUGGCUCAGCUUCGUCAUCUUCGACCUGGCACAAAGGGAGGCCUCGUCCCUCGCCGGCCACUGCCAGGACCAGCUGUUGCUGUGCCCAGGCCCGAACUGCUCAGAUUCGAUUGUGUCGCCGAACGGACAGACCUUCCCGAAGGAAAUCAUCUCCAACGGCCCGAUGGAGAUACACCUCGAGACCUGUUUCCGCUACUCGCUCAGCAGGUUCAGCGGAUUCUACGCCACCUACAAGUUUACUGACUGUCCGGGCUGCGGCAUGGGCGACUACCACUGUUCGAGGCUGCACGUCUGCGACGCACACUGCGGCCACAUCAUCUCGAUCGACUACCCCAAGCCGUACGCGGACAACCACCGGUGCGCGUGGCUCAUCGUGGCGCCGCCAUCGCACUACAUCAACGUCACGUUCGAGGACUUCGACCUGCCGAGCGCCGAGCACUGCGCCUCCGACUACCUCGACUUCUACGACGGUCGGGACCAAGAGCAGGAGAACCUCAUCGGCCGCUACUGCAACAACUCGAUGCCUCCUCGCAACGUGGUGUCCAGCUGGAACACGUUGUCCAUUGUCUUCUCAACCGACGGCAAGGGCACGGGACGUGGCUUCGCCCUGUCUUACCAGUCGCUCAGUUUCCAGCUGCCGGCGGACCUGAAUCAGCUGUACUUCGACAACCCGCAGGAGUGUCCUCAGCAGUGGAAGUUCUACAACGACCACUGCUACAACAUGUACGAGGAGCCGGACCCGCUGCAGUGGUACGAGGCGGAGGCCAAAUGCGCCGCCUGGGGCAAGGGCCGCUCGGGUCACCUGGUCAGCAUCCUGGACGAACGAGAGAUGGCCAUCAUACACUACUUCCUCACCGACAUCUGGAAGGCGCACAGGAAGUCGCUCUACAUUGGUCUGACCGAUGCCGCGGGCGAAGGUUUCUACCGCUGGAGCGACGGUAACCCCAUGAGUUAUUCAGACUGGUAUGUUAGGGCGUACGCCGGCCACGGGCUGUCGUCGCAGCCAGACUGGGUGGCGUACGAGGACUGCACCAUGCUGCGCGUGGACAGCGGCCACUCGACGGCGCACUGGCACGACAUCCCCUGCUCGCUGGGCAAGCACUCGCUGGGCACGCUGAACCGGGCGGCCGCCAGCUGGCGCCAGAUGGAGGAGCUGCCCAUCACCACCAUCAGCGCCUACAUCUGCAAGAUGAGCAGCCACAGGGCCGACAACGCUCCUGGUCCCCCUCCCCUGUACCGGCACAUGAAGGCGCACGUCGGCGAGGUGCUGGUGGCUCCGGAGAAGUACUUCGUGUGCAGAAACAAGGAGGUCAUCUCGGUGGUGAACGUGUGCGACGGAGUGCACGACUGCCGCGACACGUCGGACGAGAGCGACUGCGGAGUCACCUGUCCCGACGGCAGUUUUAGAUGCGCCAGUGGCAAAUGCGUCUCCAUGGGCGCGUUCUGCGACUUCAAGGACGACUGCGGUGACUCUUCGGAUGAAAGCCAAUGCGACUACAUCGAGUGCAACCGAACAGAGUUCCGCUGCAAGAACGGCCAGUGCAUCUCGAUCGCUCACAGAUGCGACCUGCUGUCCGACUGCCACGACAAUUCGGACGAGCAGGACUGUCUCGGUCAGUGUAACGUGAACGUGACCUUCCAGUGCUACGACGGCACUUGCAUUCCCAAGAACGCCGUGUGCGACGGACACCGGGACUGCCCCGGCAAGUACCACGAGGACGAACAGGAGGGAUGCCACUUGGUAAAGGAAGAAGACCGCCAAGGUCUGGAGGAAGAAAAAAAGAAAUGUGACAACAAGCCGCGCAAGACGUGCGAGGACCUGUUCGUGCAGGACGGCAUCCGUCGCAGCGGCCACUACCUGAUCGACGCGGACGGUGCCGAGGGCCCCAUCUUGCCGUUCCGCGUGCACUGCAUCAUGGGAUCGACGGUGGAAGACGUCCGCACACUGGUGCACCACGACUCCGAGCAGAGGAUCUACGUCCGGUCGGGCGUCCAGGGUGCGUACGCACGCCCCAUAACCUACGACGUCGGCUGGCUGCAGAUGCGCGCGCUCAUCGGCGUCUCCCAGAGGUGCAGGCAGUACGUCAAGUGGGAGUGCAGCGGCGUGGGUGCCGGGUUCGGCUACUCGGACGAGCGGCCACUGUCCUGGUGGGAGAGCGCGCAGGGCGAGCCGCAGUUCCACUGGGGCGGAGCCUCCGAGAACCUCACGUGCGCCUGCUACCCGGACUGCUUCAGCCCCGAGCAACGAUGCAACUGCGACUCCGCGUCCGAGUUCCACUGGCUGGAGGACCAGGGAUACAUCACCAGCAAGGAGAUGCUGCCCAUCAGAAAGGCACGCGCUUGCGGCCCCAUGCGAAGAUUGCGUGACCGAUUCUCGUAUCUCGUUUUCCACAGCUCCGUUUCGGCAACACAUACAGGACGGGUCAAGCCGGUUACCAUACCAUUGGUCCUCUGGAAUGCUUCAAUGACAUCUAUGGAAGAAUGCGACUCAUCGCAGAAUUACUUGCGCUGCCGGACUGGCCACUUCGUCAACAUCAGCACCAAGUGCCUGUACGGCUUCGACCAGUUUGGCUUCCAGGCGGGAUGCCGGGACGUGUCCCAUCUGCGUGGAUGUGAGAAGGUGAUCUGCCCGGAGGACUACGUCAAGUGCACGAGGUCCUACUGCAUCCCGUCGCACUUUCUGUGCGACGGAAAGUGGGACUGCAUUGGCGGCGAAGACGAAAUCGAAUGCAACAAGUACACGUGCCCGGGUCGCUACAAGUGCCGCAACCAGAGCUCGUGCGUGGCUCUGCAUCAGCUGUGCGACGGAACCCGCCAGUGCAAACACGGAGACGACGAACACCUCUGCGACCUCAAGUGCCCGGCAGCGUGCGAGUGCAGGGGCCACUUCGUCAAGUGCAUCGAGAAGAACUUGGUUGCACUUCCCGACGACUUGUCUCACCUCGUGCGAAAGCUAAACUUCAGCUUCAAUCGCCUGGAUAUCCUGAAAUCCAACUUCUCGCCUUUUAAGAGACUAGGUGAACUGAUAUUGCAGUACAACGGACUGACAGUGUUGCCGUCGAACAAAUUCAUCGAACUGAAGAAUCUCUACCUCCUCGACUUGAGAAACAACCGAAUUGUUCAGAUAGAGACUGCCGCUUUUGCUGGCCUCAAGAACGUCAGAUUCCUACAUUUGGAAAACAACCCAAUAUUGUCGGAAAUAAAGGCUGGCGCAUUCGUCGGCCUCAACAAACUGACAUUCCUGAACCUAAGCGGCAUGGCCCUUUCGGGGCUUAAGAAGAACACUUUCGUGGGCUUGGAUCAAGUGACGACCCUGAAUCUACGGAACAACAAGCUGCAGUACGUGGAAGACGGAGCGUUUCAGGGAUUGAAGAGCGUCACCAGCUUAGACAUACAAGGCAACGACAUCGAGCACUUCUCUCACGAAAUGUUCCACGGUCUGCACUCUCUGGAGUCUCUCUUCAGCGAUUCGUUCAAGUUCUGCUGCCUGGCGUCGCCGCAAGUGUCGUUCGACUACUGCCUGCCGCCGGCGGACGAGAUCUCUUCGUGCGAGGACCUGAUGAGCAGCCCCGUGCAGCGCUCCUUCCUCUGGGUGCUCGGAGUGGUGGCGCUGCUGGGCAACCUGUUCGUCAUCGCGUGGCGCCUCAAGACCAAGAACUCGAACCCGGUCAGCUCGACGCUCAUUCUGUCGCUCGGGUGCGCCGACCUGCUCAUGGGCGUGUACCUGGUGGUGAUCGCCAGCGUGGACAUCUACUACCGCGGCCGAUACAUCCAGAACUCGGACGUGUGGCGGGCCAGUGCGCUGUGCAAGCUGUGCGGCUUCCUGUCCACGCUGUCCAGCGAGAGCUCCAUCUUCACGCUGGUGCUCAUCACGGCCGACCGGCUCAUCUGCAUCUCCUUCCCUUUUUCCAUGGUGCGCUUCGGCCUGAGGCGCACCUACCAGCUCAUAGCGGCCGCAUGGGCCACCGCAGCCGCCAUCGCCGCGCUGCCCAUCGUCAUACAGCCGUACUUUCAGGGGGAGUUCUAUGCGCGCUCAGGUGUGUGCCUGGCGCUGCACAUCACGAACCAGAAGCCGUCCGGCUGGGAGUACUCGGUGGCCGUCUUCUUCUGCCUCAACCUUCUCGCCUUCGCCAGCAUCGUGGCCGCGUACGCCUACAUGUACCUCAGCAUCCGACGCUCCAAGACGGCCGUCAAGAGGCACGCAGCGCGCCAAGCCGAUAGCCUGGUCGGCCGACAGAUGGCGCUCAUCGUCCUGACCAACUCGCUCUGCUGGUUCCCCAUGAUCGUCAUGGGCCUGAUGGCUAUGUCGGGCGUCCGCAUUCCCGGUGAGGCGUACGCGUGGACGGCAGUGUUCGUGCUGCCUGCAAACUCUGCGGCCAACCCGCUCAUCUACACGAUCGCAUCGCUGCGCUUCCGCUUGUUCCUGUUGCGCAUCGGGCUCGCCCGCAAGCAGCACUCGCUCUCCUUCAGCAAGGCGAUCACACAUGCUAGCAAUGGAGCCGCACGUCGGGAUCACGACCGCGGGGCGCACACGUUCCGGGCGCCGCACGGCUAUGUGCCACUCAUGCAGUUUCUGCGCUCGGAGCCCCACGUGACGCCUCAUCAGCUGCUGCAGAUCGCCGUCGGCGUGUGUGAGCUCAUCUGCGAGCUGCAUGCACACAACUACGCUCUCGGAGGAAUCAACAUCGACUGCGUCUUCGUCACCCAGCAGAAUCCCAAUAAGCUGCACGUGUAUCUGCCGGACAUAAAUGCCUACCGCAUAGACUCCAACAGCUACAGUGCAAAUGACACAGCUGCAGACAUGGAAGAAUUUGGAGGACUUGUGAAGAAGAUGCUUCGAGCCUACCAUGUGUCGCAGCGCACACGAGAGUCAUCCAGCCAGUGACAUCUCUCGAGAAAAGAUCACUUCAUUUUAGGCACGUGCGUAUCUUUAAUCAACAAUGGGCAAUAAACAAAUGUGCAUGAAGACAAAAAAAAGAAGCACAAGAAUGUUUUUUUCACGUAUGUUUUAGUACAAUGUAUAUAACAACUUCUCCAGUUAAAAAAAAAAAGUACAGAAAGCCCUGCACAGGCGGCUUUCAAGGCAGCAGCCUACACAGUCCCACAGGUCCAAAUAAAUAGUUUGGUUCACAACAGGAGCACUGCAAGCUAAAUAUAUACAACUACCUCUAGUGAUGGGACCAUUCAGACAAAA